AUGGAUCAUACAUCUUGGAAUCGGGUUUUGAUGCAGUUUGGUGGAGGCAGCAGAAGCUUAUUAUACACGCAUACGCUGCAGAGGGACAAGGACAGGGACAGGGUGAUGGAUCCCAAUCAAUCGCCAGCUUCGGUUUCACAAGAAGAAUUCAAGCUUUUCCAUGCCAUAGACCGCGAGCUUUACAGCCUCUUGGUAAUCAAACUGUGGAGGGACCCAGCGGAGUCUAUGCAGAUUAUCGCCCUCUUGAUGUGGUUGGAGAGGACUGGAUUUCCCAAUGUCAUCAAGAAGAUGAUAUCUCUGCCAUACAUCUUGAUCAACGAACUCGCCGACGAAGCCGUCUCUUGCCUCAACUGCAUUAAUAAUAACACCACCACCACAACCCAUACUGAUAACAUAUUCAUCAACAACACCACCACCAUUGAUAUCCCUCUCAUACAAUGCUUGAUGGAGAAAGAAGUAUCCCUCCAAUUUUUCCAUCAAAACCGUCUACAUGCAAAUCAAGAAAUCAAAAGAAUUUUGAAAGAAGUUUGCAUUAGAGCUUUAAAGGAUAUCAUGCAGCAAUCCAUUAAUGAAAGAAAUAAAGCAAGCACAUCCCAAACCCAAUCCCCUCACAUGGAUAAUAUUUUGUCGUGCGUUAGUGCUAAUUCGUUUCAUCAAUUGCACCCAUCCAGCUUGCAGGUGGUUCAGGCUGCAUCGGGAUUCGGGCGUGUGGGACCAGUUGUUGGCAUUGGUGGUGGUGGUGGUGAUCAUGUGGUACCGGCGGAGGAGAGGACCAUGUUUGUCACCUUUUCUAAAGGAUAUCCGGUAUAUGAAUGGGAAGUGAGAGAGUUCUUUACCAGAGGCUAUGGGGAUUGCAUUGAGUCUUUGCAAAUGCAAGAAGUGCAGCCAAACGAGCAGUCGCUGUUUGCUCGUAUAGUUUUCCACUCGGCGUCCACCAUUGAAAUGGUUCUUGAUGGUUUGAGUAAAGCCAAAUUCACCAUCAAUGGAAAGCACGUUUGGGUUAGAAAAUUCGUGCCCAAACGCCCCAAAACCGCGCUUAUUUCUCCGACGCCGCCACCACCCUGCUGCGAUUAA